UUGGGCACCCUGAGCCAGAGAAGAAGGGACCCCCUGAGCCCAGUCUUAGUGAUGGAGGACCCUGGCUGUUCUCUGGAAGUCAGACGGGUGCAAGGAAUUAAUACAAAGAACGCCACUUUCAUUAACAACACCACAGUGUGCUACCCAUGCGGAAAUUUUAUUGUUUUCAUCGAUAUAGGGACAAGAAAACAGUCUUUUUUACAAUGUCCAACAGGCAGCAUUAGAGCAUGUUCUGUUAAUAUACAGAGUGAAGUGGUUGCAUUUUCCAACCAGAAACGUAAGCCAAGUAUUUUUGUGUAUUCAUAUCCAGGGCUUGCUAGAUGUGCAGAACUAAAAGGGGGGGCUGUGCUGGAUUAUUCUGUACUUGCUUUCAGUUAUUCUGGAUCCUAUUUGGCAAGUUUUUCUUCUGCUCCUGACCAUGUGCUUACAGUCUGGAACUGGCAGGAAGGUAUUCCUCUGUGCAGCAAGUCAGAAUCUAAUGACACCUUUACCAACUUGACCUUUAAUCCUAUGAACAUGCUCCAGUUGUGUUCUUCCAGUGAGUCGUCUCUUCUCGUUUGGAACAUUGAAGUGUGUGACACUGUGUAUCGUCUAAAAGCACUACCAGUCAACCUUCCCAAUGAAGAUGGUACAAUGGCCAUGGAGGAUAAAAAUGUUGAUGCUACCACUUAUCAAUCUUAUGGUGGGCUCGUCCUACCAAUCUCUGCCAUUGCCGGCUUAGUGGAUGAUAGUGCACUUAGGUUCAUUCCAAAGGAAAAAAGGAAACCUGUGGUCCAGCCUAGUUUCCAUUGCUGGAGUUCAACUUCUGAUAUAUAUUUGGGUUGCAAAGGAGGACAGCUGCUAAGCAUCAACUCUGAAACUCGGAAAGUCACUAUCCUGAGCCAAAAAGAGCCUUCUUCCUCUGAAGAACAGCUUAUCAAAGCUUUCCAUGAAGACAGCAUAAAGACAAUGGCACUUCAUAAAAAUGGACUAUACAUAGCUGGCAUGGAUGGUGUUGUGUGGUUAUGCUCUAUAAAGGGUUCUGAGUUUAAAGUGCAAGAAUGCUUGGAUGCAAAAGAGCCCAUCGAGAGCAUUGAUUUUUCUGCAGAUUACAAAAUGCUGUCAGUUGCAACAUGUAAGGGAACACUAUACAUCCAUGACACAAGCAGAACAGAAGAAACACAAAAUAUAUUAAGUGUAAACAACGAGGACUUGCUUGCAGCUGACUUUUUGACGUCUGGAAAUAAAUGCUACCUGGGCAUAGGGAUAUCAGGAGAAUUGCAAGUGUGGUCGGUUGAGGACGGAACAAGGCUUGGCACUCUCAAUCUCAAUAUACAGGCAACGUGUAUGGCCUGCUGCCCUUCGUCCAGUUAUGCAGUUGUUGGAAGCAGUGAUGGACAUGUCUAUUUCAUUGAUGUUUCAAGACCACAAGCUCCUCGGAUUGUCCAAAGAAUUACACUUUAUCAUGUUCCUGUAAAACACCUACAUUUUGACCAAGAAGGGAGAUUUCUUCUGAGCGGAGCAUCUAAUGGACACAUAUUUAUUGUAAAUGCAAAACCAUCCCGUUCAUUUCUUGUUCUUGGAUGCAUAGAGGCUGGUGGAGACAUUCUGUCCCUUUCUACAAUGAGUUCUGUGGUUACCCAGCAAAUGAAAGCGUUGGCACUUAUCUGCCCCGUGGGAGAAAAGAAUGAAGAGGCUGGAGGAACUCAGUUGGCACUAUUUUCUCUGACAGAAGAUGUCUUUUCAAACCCAGAUAAAUACAGGGAUGAAAGAGGCAUGUUUAAUGACCAGGUGAUUCAGAAGUGUCAAUAUGAAGUGGAAGACCCUCUGUGUUCUGCAGUGUUUGGAAGCAAUGCCAACUCAGUCUUUGGGUACUGCAGUUAUUCUCCCUUUAUUUACAAAUAUGUGCUCCCAGAGAAAACCAAUGGGGAUUUGGUGAACCUACUAACGCCAGAGAAGAAAGUCAGAGGAAGUCAACUUGGACCUGGGUUUCUUUGCUGCUCUCCUCACCACAAGUGGCUGGCAGUGUUUGCAAAAGAUGGCAUGGUAUACCUCCAUGAUUCACAUAACCUGGAAAAAUUUGCACAGGCUCAUUGUCAUUCAUACCAUACAGGAGGGAUACAAUCCUUAGCCUUUUCUUUGGAUGGGCUUAGGAUCGUCACCACAGGGAUAGGGGAUGGUGCGCUUGUGUACUUAAGAUGGAAAACUACUGGCAAUAGCAGACUACGAGAAGCCUAUCAGCAUGGACAAGAUCUGGAAAAUUCUCUGCAAACAGGAAUGGAGAAGGAGGAUAAGGUGCUAAAGAAAAUGACGACAUGGUCAUCACAAGCAACUGUCUCCAAUAACCAAGAGAAAGAAACAGAGGAUAAUCCAACAAGUGUGGAGGUAACCGAUCAUGAUGACGGCUACACCAGAAAUUCAUCACUUGCUGCCAACCCAACCUGGCUUGAUCAGAAAAUGAACGAAGCAAUAAAGAAGGAGACACAGAAAUAUGCCACUGAGAAAGAUUACUUGAAACAAACGAUUAAAAAGCUCCGCCAGAGAAUACAGGAAAUGAUGAGAGAAAAUGAUUCACUGCCUGAUAUUGAGAAAUUGGACCAACAGGAAUUUAAUCUGGACACUGAGGAACAGGAGAGACUGCUGGCUGAGAGUGAGCAGGAAGUGGAGAGAGUGCGUAAAGAGAUCGAACUGGAAAACUUGUCCAAACAAUACCUGCGUCAUGUCAUCAAACAGGAAUGUUGGGACUCCAUGAUAGUUAAGGGGCGCUCUGUUGCGUCUUUUCAUGCGAAAUAUGAAGUCAACAACUACCCUUUGAAAGAGCAAUCCAGAAAGGCCUUGGACAAACUAGGGCAAGUGUUAAGAGUGAAACAGAUCGCAGAGCUGGAUCUUAAGGCCAGAAAAGAGAUUGUUGAACUGCAGACAAAAGUUGGGACAGAGGAAGAUGAUGAUGCAGAAGACGAGGAUAGCAAGAACAAGGACACUACCUCCCUGACUGGCAGCCUGAGCGGUCAUUAUGGUGGAGAUACCUCUACCUUGUACAACCAGUUGCAUAUCAAUGACAGAGAAGAAAAGAUAAACCAGAUCAUAUUAAUCCAAGACAUCAUCUACAAAGUGAAAAAAAGCUUCAACAAGGAAUUUGAUUUGGUGUGCAAACAAAAAGAGCAAGAGGUUUCCCGUGUCAAGGAGAGAAACGAGAGAAUCAUGGAGAUUAUGGCACAACUAAAUGUUCAAGAAAAAAUUCUAGAACCAAAAUUCACAGAUUAUGAGAAACCAGAGCGAGCUCUGACUGUGGAGGAUUCAGAGGUAAAAGUAGAAAAAUAUCUAACUCCGGAGCAGAAAUUGCUGGCAGAACAAGUGGCUAAACAAGAAGAAGAGAAGCGGCUUGCUGCACAAGGCGAUAAUGCCAAGCAGCGUGCUCUUAAUGAUAUGAUGGGAGGUGUGCUGGAAGUGAAAAAGGAAGACAUUUUAAGAAUGGAUAUCCCGCAGCCAGCAUUUCUAUCCAAGUCCGAAGAAGAUUGGAAUGAAGAUGAAAAAAAACAGUUCAAGGAAUAUGAUAAAAAAUGUAAAGAGCUUAAUGAGGAAAAAGAGAAGUAUAGGAAGUUAUUAGAGGCAGAAAUGAAAAAGAUUCAGUUGUCCAUAAUGGAAAGCACACAAGGAUUUGAUGACACGCUGAGUAAGCUGUUCCAAAAGAAGGUGAAAACAGAAAUGGUCCUCUACCAGGAGGAGCUGAAAAUCAGAAAUCUAAUAUUCUUGCUUCUGAAUGAAGAGGAAAUAACCACAAGGAUAACUCAGCUGAAUAACAUUCUGCAAAGAAAGCGCAAACAGAAGAUUCAAACAUCCGAAGCAGUGAAGACAUUUAAAACUGAAGUGGAUUUCUUCAGGGAAAGCUAUGACAAUCUUGUAGUGGAAGAUAAGUUUCUGGAUCGAGGAUUUAGGAAGGAUUUUCAAGACAUUUCUGCACAACUAGUUGAACAUCUUUAUAAACUUUUUAAACGCAGACCAAGAGUUCAACGCCUGAGGACACAGACAGACAGUGCAGCACCUUUUAGUGAUCGUCCAGGAUCGGCCAUGGCAUACAGUGAGUCCUUAGCUCAGCUAAUGCAGGCAAUGGAUGAGUUUGAUGCCCCAGAAAAUAUACCAGAAGGACUAGAACUGCCAGUGUGGGAACGUUUCUGCAAGACAAGGCGAUCCAAAAUGGAGAUUGAGCAGCAAGUGAAGCGCAAAGCUGCGGUUUUAGCUGAAAUGCAAGCUUUCCUACAGAGGAGGAUUGAAGAAGAUGAAAAGAUGCAGCGGGAUAUUGAAAAUAUCAUGCAGGAAAUAAGCUUGCUACGAAAUGAGAAAAUGAAAUUUCAGCUAAGUCUGGUUGUCCAGUUCCUUCUCAAACAGGGACAGGUGGAAAUUGAAAUCCCAGACUUGAUUCCGAAUUAUCAGGAUGCCUUGCUCCUUCACAGGAGUGCGAUUGAAGAGUUAAAUGGCAGAAUACAGAAUGUUGGAGAACUGAAAAUUGCAAGCAUGGUAGAAUGCAAAGAUUUCCGAAAAGGAAUUUUUCAGCUUGAAUGGGAAAAUAAAAAAAUACAAAUGGAGAUGGAAGAUCUGAAACAGAAAUCCAGGGAUAUUACAAUGCUCCGCGUUACAAAAGAACUCCAAUUUUUUCUUAAUGAGCCAAAUUAUUCAAAACGUGUAUCUGAACAGAUUUCAGAUCUAGAAGAAACCCUCAACUUACAAGAAAAACAACAUGAGAAAAAUGUGAAUGGCUACAAAAGAAUCAUUAGGGAUUUGGAAAAGAACAUUAAUAAAAAGAAUCAAGCUAACAGCCAGUUGGAAAAGGAUCUGAAAGACACACUGCUGUCAUUCUCCGAAAGAAAACAUAUUUAUGAUGUCGUUGGCUCCGAGCAAAGUUCCGCCAACAGCGCAAAAGAUCGGUACAGGGACAUUAUAAAACGCAGAAAGCUGUUGGACCUGGAAAAAGCACAAGCUCAAGAGAUUGCUGUACUGCGGGCUGAAGUAGAUAGAUUAAGGAUGAAAACCUUCCCUGCUUUAAUACAAAUGGAAUACUAGAUAGUAACCAAGGAAUACAGUAAAUGAAGGGUUAAUUGAAAACCUCAAAUGAAA